CAAACUGCUGCUACUUCUACUAUUCUCGCUUCCCUAUGCACAAAUUAGGCAACUCAGCAAAGGGGAUUCCUCCUACGACGUCGUUUCGUGCCUACUCGUUUCGGUUUUUGGACACAAUUAUUUGGUCGUUUCUCCUCGUUGGCAUAGAACCAGUACACUACAACCUUGGAAAAUGAUCCCGUGUUUUUCUCGUACACUCUUUUAAUCCCUCACUCUUUCUCUUUGAAGCCCAAACACACAAAUUAAUCAGGAUGUUUCAGUAAUUUUCCAUGAUAAUUCCAGCUUUCAGAGUUUAACCUCCCCAGAUUCUUAGAUUCCCAGAGGAAAUUUUGUCCGCGCUGUGAUUCUUAAUUAAUUACCCCUUCUUCCUUUUUUCCUUGUCUUUGGUGCUUGGAUUCUUAGAAAAAUACUAAGAAAACCCAAAAGAAGAUGCAGCAGCAGCUGCAGCGCCAAAAGAAAAAGCGAGAAAAAGAGUUUCUCUUUCUCUUUUGAGUCUUCUCUCUCUCUUUCUCUCUCUCACACACACAGACACACACUAUCUGAGCCUAUUGCUUUCACUUUGUGAAAGAAAGCGUUGUUUGUUUAACGACAUCACCACCUUCGACCCUUCCCUUUCUAACGUUGUUGUUUCCAAGAAGCCAAGCAUUCACUUUAGGGAGAAACAAACACCCUCUUUUAUAUGCUUUCUUCUCAUUUCGUUUCUCAUGUGCUUCAACGUUUAUUCUUCUCGGCUGCUGUUGAUGCUCUUUGCCUAGUCCCUUUUCCGUCAACGUUUCUUCAUGUCGGACUCCGCCAAGGUGCGAUUGGUGCGUUGCCCAAAGUGUCAAAACCUUCUUCCCGAACUCGCCGAUUACUCUGUUUAUCAAUGUGGUGGUUGUGGUGCGGUUCUUCGAGCAAAGCAUAAGGGUUAUGUGAGUGGUAGCUUGUCGGAUGACGGGAAGGUUGGAGUUGGUGGAGAUUCUGGUAAAUCGGAAAGUUUAUUGGAGAAGGGCUUAGUGGAUCGCAGUGAUGCUUCGGACAUUGAUGCUAAGUCCAGUAGUGGUCCCUCAAGGAACGAAAUUCAAAGGGAAGUGGAUAAAGUAGAUAACAUGGAGGAGAAAUUUCUGAAUCAACCUGAGGGUAUUAUUGAGAAAGGGGUAUUUGAUGAUGGUGUUGAUGUCAAUGGUAGUAAAGAUGAAGUGGGUAAAUCAAUAGGAAGAGAACAGGAGGAACCACACAAGUCUCGAAUUAGCCGUGAGAAUGGGUCUAAAUUCUCUGGGAGAAUUUCUAAUAUGCAGAAUGGAGAGAGAGGUGAGAUGGAGGGGUUUUGGAGAAAGCCACGAACUGAGAUGGAAAGUGUGAGAUUUUCCACUUCGAAGUAUCCUGAUGAAGGACCUUCGAAUGGCUUUUCUAGUAAUUAUAUGGGAUCGUGGAGGCAUCGCAAUGAAGCAGAUGGUGCAGACAUGGUUCAGCACCUUGAGCAGGAUCGAGCUGAGCUUCUAAGGAAGCUAGAUGAGUUGAAGGUCCACCUCAGUAAGUCUUCUGAAUUGGUAAACAACCAAAAGGAAAAGAUUAUUCCUGAUGAAAGGACGAUUCCUCCGGAUCCUCAUCCCUAUGGUGGCUCCGAUCCUUGGUUUUCAGAUGGAUCAUCUGGGUUGAACAGAACUUCAAGGCAAUUUUAUGGCACUGAUAAGCACGUGGCAGGCUCCACUCAUUUCAAUCAUCAUCAUCAUGAUUCGUAUCCUUAUGCCAGGGGUCAUGACAUGGCUAUGCCCAACAUCCCUCCUUCAAUGCAUAAUCCAAAUCGAUAUGGGGAUCCUUUUGCAUCCCAAAUGCUGAGGGGAGGUCAACACCAGUUCCCAAAACAACCAUUGCAUUCCUACUAUCCUGGACGGUAUGUUGAUACUAAUCCAGAUUCAUAUGAACUAUACUCACAUAAUAAUUCAAUGCUUCAUCCACCUUCUUGCUCUUGUUUCCAUUGUUAUGAUAACAAACGAAGAGGUUCGGUGCCAGCACCAUCUUCAUUCAUUAACAGCAGAUUCCCUGAUAUUCCAAAUGAUCCAAUGUUAUACCAUCAUGACCUCCCAGGGGCAUUUGGUCCCCAAGUUCAUAAUUCUAGAACAGCCAUUCCUCCUGGGACUUAUCGUGAAAGCCAAUUACAUGCAAGAUGGGGCAGUGAUUUCAACUCUGAGAUGGGUAGUUUUGUUCGAACUCGUCCUCGCAAAGUAAUGUUAGCUACUAGUAGCCAGCGUUGCUAUCCUAUAGCUGGCGGUUCACCCUUCAUCUCAUGUCAUAAUUGCUCUGAGUUGCUGUUACUGCCUAAAAAAGCAUUGGUUCUGGUGAAAAAUCGUCGGCAGAAAGUGCAAUGUGGAGCUUGUUCCUCAGAAAUAAGCUUUUCUGUCAUCAAUAACAAGCUGAUUAUUUCUCCUAAUUUAGAAACAAAGGGAGUUCCCUCUAGAGGUGAUAACAGCUCUAAUGAGGUUGGGAGUAGCCGUUUUUCACAUUCCCGAGUUCAUGCCAAUAGGACUGGUGCUAACUUUUCAUCUGAUGAUUAUUCUGGUUAUGAUUUUCAUUCUGUAGACAGGGAACCUCUCUCUAUGGGUGCUUUGAACUCUAACAAGUCCCUGGAGAUGCCAAGUUUUCGUUCUUCAUCUCUCAGUACCUCUGAAGAUGAAAAUAGUCCGGAAGCAAUGAUUGAUCCAAGGGAGGCCACCAAGUCCAUUCAUCGGCCAACUACAGAUUCUCUAUCUCCUCCUGCUGGUUCGCCUCUACAAGAGUAUUUUGAUUACUCCAAUAAUAACCAUGCAGUAAAUCGGUUUGGAAAAGGAAACCAAAGCAGUCGCUCAGAGCAAGAGAAGACAAAAGUGGACAAAAUGUCAUCACGUCAAAAUUCAUUGAAAGAGGCUGCACUUGCAACGGAGAUGGAUGUCCAUGAUUAUUCAAACACAGGUGUUUCCCAGGAUUCUGGAUAUGCUAGCCGAGAACAUGAUCAUCAUAAAUCCAACAAAGGGGGUGAUUCAUUUUUUGCAAACAUUAUCAAAAAAAGCUUCCGAGAUUUCUCGCGGUCUAAUCAUACAGAUGAUCGUAGUAAAAUCAGUGUUACUGUAAACGGGCAGCCAUUAUCUGAUCGUGUUGUCAAGAAGGCUGAAAAGCUAGCAGGAACAAUCCAGCCUGGAAAUUAUUGGUAUGAUUUUCGGGCUGGAUUUUGGGGUGUCUUGGGAGGGCCUUGUCUUGGAAUAAUUCCUCCAUUUAUAGACGAGUUCAAUCAUCCCUUGCCAAAACAAUGUUCUGGUGGGGGUACUGGUGUUUUUGUAAACGGUAGGGAACUUCACCCGAAAGACUUGGAUUUGCUAGCAGGGAGAGGACUUCCCACAGAUACAGAUAGAUCAUAUAUCAUUGAAAUUUCUGGGAAAGUCCUGGAUGAAGACACAGGAGAAGAGCUGGACAGCCUUGGCAAACUGGCACCAACAGUGGAGAAAGUGAAGCAUGGAUUUGGCAUGAAAGCACCCAGGGCUUCUACAUAAUCAAAACGUAGAAAGAAAUAUUUUACCGCAGGUUGGAAAAGGUGAAUCUUUUUUCAUUUGAUUCGGAAAACAUUAUUUGGAACGUGCUAAUGGAACAAGCUGGAGAUAUUUGCAAGUUUAAUGAAAAUUUUCCAUUGUAAGACAAGUUCAAGGGGUUUUGUCCAUGACAUGAAUUUAUAUUACAUAUAUAAUUGUAAUUUUUUUUAAAUGCUUAUAGGUAACAAAAAAAGAAAACUGCAUUAGAAGUUCUACGCUUGAUAUCAGGCAGUCUUAGGAAAAGUAAAAGUAAUUGUGCGGAAAGUCAUGUAGUGUAGAAUUUGAUGUGUAAAAAAUUGUAAUUUAUUCCUUGGUCAGCUUGUAGUUAUGCGUUUCUAAUUGAAUCAUGGAAAUGGUUGGUUUUUUA